GACGACGAUGUCUCUAAAAGACGACUGAUCAGAGUUCCACUGUCUGCACUUAAGAGAAACGAACAAAUUGGCGAAGAAAAAUCAAAGAGUGGGAUAGAAAGAAGAAGUGAAAAAAAUGGAAGUUUGGAAAAUUUGCAAAAGGCUAUGUUGACUAAAGAAGAACAGGGAGCAAGUCCACUGACGACACAAAAUCCUCCUCUCGAUGUAUCAAGUACCAAGGAAGAUGGGGCAAAUGAUAUACAAGUGACGGGAGAUGACAUGGGAAAAACAGUUGCCAGGGAAAAUGAAGCAAAUGAUCUUCAAGUGUCGAGAGGUAAAAUGAGAAAAAGAUUAGGUGCCAGAAAAAAAGGAGAAAAUGAUCAGCAACAGACGCAUGAUGAAAUGAGAGAUACAUUGGCUGUCGGGAAAAGGGAGAAAAUGAUCAACAACAGACACAUGAUGAAACAAGAGAUACAUUUGCUGCUGGGAAAAAGGGAGAAAAUGAUCAACCACAGACACAUGAUGAAACGAGAGAAACAAUUGGUGUCAGGGAAAAGGGAGAAAAUGAUCAACAACAGACGCAUAAUGAAAGGAGAGAAAAAUUGGGUGCCAGGGAAAGGGAGAAAAUGAUCAACAACAGACGCAUAAUGAAACGAGAGAAAAAUUGGGUGCCAGGGAAAACGUGGAAAAUAAUCUACAACUGACACAGGAUGAUAUGCGAGAAAUAUUAGCUGCCAGGGAAAAUGAAACUAGUGUCAGUAUGAUUGAUUUUGCAGGUCAAUUUGCUUAUUAUGCAUGUCAUCAGAUCUACAUGAGGUCUGAAACAUUCUACAUUCUGGUGUUGGACAUGAGUAAAGCCUUUGAUGAUAUGAUUGAUAGUGAACUAGAUGACCGUGAGGGCUCUGUCUUUUCAACAUGGUCUUGCAAAGAUUAUGUUUACUUCUGGCUUGAAUCCAUAAAAUCAUUCGGUGGGAAAACUCCACAAAUACUUGCUGUGGCUUCACAUGCAGAGUACAAAGGAGAAGAGGAAAAAGGCCUCUUUUGGCAAACUUUUUGGAGAUUAAUAACGGAAAAAGAUUGUGACUGGGUUGGAAAAUGCAUUAAUCCCCGUGGAUUUUCAUUAGGACUUAUAGAGAUGAAAGAAGAUGAAGCAAAAACACUGAAGUGUUUAAAACAAACAAUUGCUGAGGUGGUAUCGCAAAGUCCAAAAGCUGAGUUAGAAGUUCCAUCAGCAUGGGCCCUUCUUGAGCAUCUCUUGCGAAAGACAGAGAAACCAAUCAUGUCACUUGAAGAAAUAAACAAAGUGAAUAAAACACUUCCAAAUAACUAUCAGUUAAAAAAUCAGGAGGAAAUUUUCGAUUUUCUGUCAUUUUUCCAUGAACAUGGAUUAUUACUGUUUUUUAAAGACGAAGGACUGAGAAAAUAUGCAAUUUUCGGAAUGCAGUGGUUUUCCAAUGCAUUCAGUAAACUUAUUGCAGACAGGAAGCAAAUCAGCCAAGACUGAAAUACAAAAUACAUUAAAAAAUGUGAAUGUUUCAACAAAACUGGAAAACUGGAAGAUGAACUUGUCGAAGCUCUCUGGACAGUUGAUCAAUCGUAUUUAGAUCACAAGACAGAACUUAUGCUAUAUAUGGAGAGGUUACUAAUGUUAGUAAGCAUAGUUGAUGGCGCUGACAAAACCUCGUGGUAUGUCCCCUGCAUGAAUAAUAAGAGUUUUACACGCCACAUAUUUAAAAGGAAAUGGAGGUACUCUUCCAUUUUGUGCUUUCGGUUUACAUCCUUUGCUAUGUUCGUGUAUUACAGACUGAUUGCAUACUGCAUGAGUUCCCUUAAGUGGAUUGCACAGCUUGAUGAAGACAAAAGUCCUUGUCUGUAUCACACAGCAGCAAUCUUUGAAACAACAAAAAAUCACACUGUUAUUGUUGGUAUUUUUGAUAAUGACAUCCAGAUACAGGUCAUUAGAAUCAAUAAGUUGCAACUAAAGGUUUCCUGUGAAAUUGGAAGGUCCAUUGAAAAUGCCUUAACACAAUUGACAAAGACAUUUGAGGAAGAGAAAACCUUUCAGAAAGGUUAUAAAUGUUUGAAUGUUUUCUGCAGUGAAGAGGAUAUGUCAUUCAUCCCCGAAAAGAAAUUGUCUGAAGCUAAAGAAAUUCAAUGCAAUUGCCCAAUAGUGGAUAAACACGAAAUAGACGUUCAUGAAACUUUAAUGUUCUGGGAAGAGGAGACAGAGGAAUGUGCUAAUAGCAAGACAUCAGGAUCUUCUGGAUUAAAUCUUGACGACCGUACUAGAUUUGCCAAAGUUGGAAUGGCGAUUAAUGAUGUAUUGACACAGACCCUUAGAGACAUUUUGCAAAAUAAUAUACCCUCUUCUAAAAUUUUUGUCAAGGUGAAUGCAUCAAAGAGAUAUAAAGAUCUCAAUGGUGAGCAACAAAAUCUUUUGCAAGAUGCCACAAAUUCUGGUUAUGAGAAAUUUGAUAUAACACUUUUGUACACCUUGAUCAGAAAUUUUUCAACAAUCACUAAGCCUACAAGAGGUUGGGGUUUGAAGGCCUUACCUGCACCAGGGGAGAUAACUGAGGGCGAUGACGUGGAAAGGAUCAGACUGAUACGAAACAAUGUGUUUGGUCACGUUAACUCAGCUUCAACCUCACAACCAGUGUUUGAUGAUUGCUGGUCAAUCAUCUCCGAUAUCUGCACGCGACUUGAAAGCUAUACAGGAAAAAGCUACUUGAAUGAUCUUAGUUACAUAAAGAAUCUUUCCUUAGAAGAAAAUAAACGAGAGGCAAUUAUAGAUCAAAUCAAAGUUGAAUGUAAGCAUGACAAAGAAAUCCUCGAGAAAAUGCAUUCAAUAGAGUCAAACAUGCAUUCCUUAAGCGCUGGUAUGCAUUCGAUGAUGACAGAUGUGAAAGAAAUAAAAACAGCCAUGGAGUUCGAGAAGAAAGGUGCGCAGCGUAGAGGUCUAGGAAUUUGCAAAAUCCUGUGAAUAUGUUCGAUGUAGUGUUUACCAUGAAAAAGACAAACUGUAAAUAUUUUGUAUCAACAAAUUACAUUGUUGAAGCCAACUGACUUUUAAAAAUGUCAUUCUUUUAGAGCAUGCAAACAUUUUUAACUUUGAAUUUCCACUGUGCAUAGCAAUCAUUAUUUAUAUCAUUUACUAAUUCAUAUUCAUAAAAAUAUUAGCAUAUUAAUUUUGGAUAAUAUCUGUAUAUAAUGAAAAUAGAAAUAAAUGUUUUUGGAAAAAGUUUGAGACAUACGUUCUAGGGGUAGACGAAAGGAAACAUUAAUGAGCAGUAUGGCAAGCCCUUUUACUAUGUAUUUAUGAAGUAAAAAAAAUCAAUAAUAAAGAUGUAUCUCAAGCAUACAUGUAUUUCAAAUUACGCCGUAUGUUAGGCAAA